UGAACAGAAGGGGGUAGAUUGCACAGACAGCAAGGUUUUCCCUUGGAUGUGAAGGUUUUUCCUUGUAACUUGUCUUUAAUGGGGAGUUACUAUAUUUCAUAAGGUUCCAGGAAGAAAUUAUUUAUAUCUUUUUUUCAUUAUUAUGAAUUUUGCCUACUUUCUUCCAAUUUUUGUACUUUUUCCCUUGGGAUGGUGUUCACAGGUGAGCUCCUGCCAAUGUCAUCAGCCAGUCAUUAAUAAAGAACAUGGCCUGGAAGCUACACGUAGACAGACCCGGCAUGUUCAGCACCACCGGUCAACAAGAAGGCACCGUAUUAGAGGCUCAAAAACUCGAUCAGAGGAUUUUCCACCUCGUAUUAUCGAACACCCUUCAGAUUUGUUUGUGAAGAAGGACAAGCCAGCCACAUUGUAUUGUCGAGCAGAGGGCAAUCCACAGCCCACAAUAGAAUGGUACCGUAAUGGAGAGCAUGUGGAGACCAGCACAGAUGAUAAGACCCAGCGUUCCUAUGUUCAGUUGCCGGAGGGACCACUCUUCUUCUUCAGCCUUAAUCAACGAAAAGGCAAAUCUGAUGAAGGGAUUUAUACUUGUGUGGCUAGAAACCAUCUAGGAACGGCAUUUAGUAGAAAUGCUUCUCUUUAUGUUGCUGCUCUAAGGGAUGAUUUUCGUCUAAAUCCAUCUGAUGCUGUUGUGGCCGUGGGGAAGCAACUUGAGAUAGAAUGUUUGCCUCCAAAAGGUCAUCCUGAGCCCAAUGUUACUUGGAAGAAGGAUGGGAUUCCAAUAAACCAUAAUAAUAGUCGAUACACGAUUUCUGCAGGCAAACUCUUUAUUGGCAAAGCACUAAAGACGGAUUCAGGACUAUAUUCCUGCUUAGCAUCAAAUCAAGUGGGAGAAAGAGAGAGUAGAGCUGCUAAAAUCGUUGUACUGGAGAAGCCCAUGUUUACAUAUAAACCCAGUGAUGUGACGGCAAAGUUUGGAAGCACCGUGCAGUUUGGUUGUGGAGCACAAGGAGACCCAAAGCCCACCUUUCACUGGAGCAAAGAAAAUGGAGACCUUCCACAAGGGAGGUAUGAAAUUACCAAUGAAAAUACAUUAAGAAUCCGAUCUGUAACCUUGUAUGACUCUGGAAAAUAUAUCUGCACUGCAGGAAAUCAGCUAGAAACAGUAUCUGCCAAGGCAUUGCUAACUGUUCAAGAUCCUUUGGAUACUGGUCAGAUAGAAAAGGAGAGACAAAUCUAUAGAGAAUUAAUGGGUGUUCGUGUUCAUUUAGACAACAUCACAGCACUUCCAAGCGCAUCAGUCUAUGUGCACUGGCAGGUCCUAACGGAAUCCCCCUUUACUGAAGGAUAUAGUGUAUUUUACCGCACACUUUCUUCUACUGAAUCUGAGUGGACAGAGUGGACAAAGUCUAGGAUCAAUGAGUACAGCACUGUUAUUCCAUCUCUAUGGAGGGGACAGAAAUAUGAGUUUAAGAUCCGACCUUUUGCUGGGAAAAAUUAUGGACCUGACAGCAAUAUUAAACAUCUCAGAAUACCUGAGGAAGUUCCAAAUAUUGCUCCACAGAACAUCAAUGUGACUGCUGUGGAAGGAGGAAACGGUACAAUAGUUGUGAGCUGGGAACCCCCACCAAAAAACAUUCACAGCAGUAACAUAAAAGGUUAUAAGGUCUGGUGUUUUGAGAAUGAAACACAUCCUAAAGCAGACUGGAUAGUGGAUGAAGAAACCAAGAGUCUAGAAAUUCCCAUGUUGGCCUCCGGCAUUAAAUAUCAAGUCCAAGUAGCGGCUAUAAAUGAUGCAGGAAUUGGAAUGCCAAGCAUACCUAAAUACAUAAUGAUAGACUCACCAGAAGUGAAGGAGGUAAAAGAUGAAAAUAUAUAUUUUGAGCUAAUCCUGCAAGUUGUGCGUCACCCAGCAUUCAUUGGAACUGUAGGAACCGUGGCCUGGAUAUUAUUAAUGGUUGCAGCCGUGUAUGUGUGUCAGCGUCAUUCUAAGCGCUAUAGCACAAAACAACACAGUAUAUUAGGAAACAGUCUUUACCGGUUUGCGAGUGAAGAUACCAUAAUAAAGCACAGGAUGGACAUUAGUGAUUCCCCAUGGCUUUCACACACAUGGAAAUCCGCCUCCUGCUCGCGAAACUACAGCAGCACAAUCAGUAUGAACAGCCAAUUACUGUGGUCUGAAACUAAAGACACGGCAGAUUUCCAUAAAUCAACAAUGUCGUUUGAGCGCAAAAGUGAGGGUAGUCGAAGCCAGAUUAUUCCGCUGGUGCCAGACAGCAACAGCUUGUAUGGAACAAUGUAUGUCGACCUUCCAGGAAAAGAUAUGACCACAUUUCAGCGUCUGCCUUCUGACAAAUCUCAAGGCAUGGGGAGGCAUUUUAAAACUCCUGACCCUCUAGGAUUGCUUCAUCACAGGCCAUUGCCAUCAUAUUUGAAUGAUUUCAGUGGCAGCAAUGAUAUGAAUGGAGGAACUAGAAGCAAGUUGCCAUGGCAACCAAAUAUUAACAAUAAUCCUGAUAUCUCAUUUAAGGACUCAUGGAGCAAAAACUGCAAGAAAGAGCUUCAACAUGCAAAUAGUGCUCCUUUGUCCCCUUAUUGCCAAGCACCCAAACAGGGUGACAGUGUACCAAGCAUUCAGCAUUUAAACAUCAAGAAAGUAGGAAAAGGGGACUAUGCUAAAGUAAUGAAGACUUUCAGUUCCCCUAAAAUCCUUCACUACACCACCUCUCUCCAAGUGAUGGAUCUUCUACCUUAUACACCUUCUCUCCCACCACCUCCAGUUCCUCCUCCAGAUGAAAAUCCAAUUCACAAUGACAAGGAUAAAAUAAGUGGUUGCAGUGUCUCAUCAUAUUCCGUGCGCAAUCAAGAAAAGCAAGGCCAUAAAAUCAACAGCAAGAAAAAGAGUCCCCCUGAUACACUGAACAUUAAACCAGCUUCAGAAUGCUUCCCAAUAAAUGAUGAUGGAGAUAAUGUGUUAACUCCAGAAGAUGUGGCACAAUAUCUUGAACUCAGUGAUCAAGGGCAAAAUACAAGGCAUAAAUCAGAAUAUGAUGCUUCCCUUCCAAGGCCUUUCUCUCCUUCUCAAACAUAUGGCUACAUUUGCAGCCCGAUACCUUCAGAAGCUGAUGUUGUUGAUGAAGAUGAUGACCUUGAUUUAGAGGACAUCGGUUCAUUAAAGUCUUAUCGCAAGUACUGUGAAACUCCAACCUCCAGUAUCAGUGAAUAUGAGAGCUCUAUGGCCGGAUCUCUUGUUAAUGGCUGGGGUUCUGUUUCAGAAGAUAAUUAUACCAGUGCUAGAUGCAGCAUGGUCAGCUCCUCUGAUGGGUCCUUUUUAAUGGAUGCAAACUUCGCCAAGGCUCUUGCAGUUGCAGUUGACAGUUUUUGCUUUGGUGGAUCUCAGACUGAGACUGCUGGAAGAGAUACGUUUUAUGCAGAUCUUUCUCCGUCAGUGUCUCCUUUGGAUGGAAUAUUAAACCAACAUAGUGGGGAAAAUACAGAUGUUACCAAAAAGAAAUCCAGAGUUAAUCAUUUGCCUGUUUUAGACUGGAACAUUGACUGGAUGGAUGAAAUGGAAGCCAAGUACAGCAGGAAAAAUGACAUGAAACAUCAUUUUCCUUUUGAUAAAAAGAUGGAUCCUUUCAAGUAACUAUAUCUCCUAUACCACUAUCACCACUUCUGGAAAUUUACUUGAGAGAACCUUGAUCCAAAAGAGUGUGGACAACAAUUCCCAUCAGGCAUUACAUCAGUAGGACUGAGGCAAAAGGCUCUUCAUAAAGCCGUGGGCUCUGAGAACUGAGAGCAAACUGACUCUCAUAAUAGUAUGAAGAUCAUUUACUAUUUGACACUUUCUUUAUGGAAUAAAGAUAUUUUCCUACAAAUCUAGAGUUAAAAAAAAGAAUCAAGGGUUUAUUUAUUAAAUGCACAGUGCAGAAAACAGCACAUAGUUAUGUUUCACCCACAGCUAAGCAUUUUACCCAACAGUCACCUAAGGCAGGGGUUAAGUACAGGUUUUACUUGGUUCACCAAGACCGAUGUGCUGAUGAUGAUCAGUAGGCAUAAGGGCACAGAAUGUACAUCAUUGCAGUUGGGGAAGGAGCAUGUACACUAUUUUUGACCCCAUUACCACACCUAGCUCCUACCCUACAGAAAUGAGCCCUGGGUACAUAUAUUAUCUGUAAGUAACACAGAUUUUACCUUUGAUGAAGGGAUGUAUAUUUCCUGUGCAUUACAAUACAGGGAAGGCCACUUUUUAGUGGUCUUUUUAUAUAGUAGCCUUAUACUAACAUAGUAAGGAUUUCACACUCUAACAUUAAAAAUAGCAAGACAUUUCUUAAUACUAUGUCACCGAGGGGCACAUUGGAAUCUCAGUUUACUGCUAUGUAAAACAAAAUAAAUAGGUAGUUAACAAUUUUGCUAUACCAGUUGAUGCAGUCCAUCACCACGAGUAACAUGCAUUGUGUUGCCUUUUAACUCUGGAUUAUUCUGUAGUUAGAAAUAUAUUAAAUAUUUUUAUAUGCCUUUUUGUUGAAUCUGGUUUCAUUUGUAAGUUGUAAUUGACAGUAAAUAACAAUUUUGUGUCAUUGACUAACAUUGUGUCUUAUAUUUUGUCUAUUCAUUUUGUAAAUAAAAAUGUAAUUGAUUUUAUAAAUUCACUGAUUCUUUUAUAAAUGUGCUACCUGUUAUGGCACUGUGUUGUUAGUGUGGGAACUGCGGAUACAAAUACUGUACAUUUCUACACCGUAUCAGCAUCAAUAAAGCUUCAGUAAACAUGAAAA